AUGAAAAUAGCUUCUUCUUCCCCGAUUCUCACCGUUGUCUCCAGCUCAGGCUCUUCCGGUUUCUCAACGGAUUCGAGAAUUAGCGGAUCACUUGGAUCUCGAAUCCUUCCGGCUUCUUCAAGUAGACCAUCCCCAUCGGACAAUCUUCUCCGCUGUAGGAAUAUGUCUUCCAAUCACCUAAGGCAUCUCGAUUCCAUGUCCCUGUUACCGUCAGGCGCCGGUAAGAUCUCUCAAUUGAACGCAGUUGUUUUAGGGGAAUCCCUUGCAUCCGAGGAGAAUGAUCUCAUCUUUCCGAGCAAGGAAUUCUCCGCUCAGGCUCUUGUUUCCUCCCCCCAACAGUACAUGGAAAUGCAUAAAAGGUCAAUCGACGACCCUGCUGGUUUUUGGUCUGACAUUGCGUCUCAAUUUUACUGGAAGCAGAAAUGGGGUGACCAAGUGUUUUCCGAUAAUCUCGAUGUCAGGAAGGGUCCUAUACACAUUGAGUGGUUCAAGGGGGGAAUCACCAACAUUUGCUACAACUGCUUGGACAAAAACGUUGAAGCUGGUUUGGGUGAUAAAACAGCCAUUUACUGGGAAGGAAAUGAACCUGGUGUAGGUGCUUCUUCAACUUAUUCUGAGUUGCUCCAACAAGUUUGCCAGCUUGCUAAUUACUUGAAAGAUGUCGGAGUGAAGAAGGGGGAUGCUGUUGUUAUUUAUUUACCAAUGUUGAUGGAACUUCCCAUCGCUAUGCUUGCAUGUGCACGGAUCGGAGCUGUUCAUUCGGUUGUUUUUGCUGGAUUUUCUGCUGACUCUCUUGCCCAAAGAAUCAUUGAUUGCAAGCCAAAAGUAAUACUAACUUGCAAUGCUGUUAAAAGAGGCCCUAAGACCAUAAACCUUAAAGCUAUUGUGGAUGCUGCACUUGACCUAUCCUCUAAAGAUGGAGUCUCUGUAGGCAUAUGCUUGACCUAUGACAACCCAUCCGCGACAACAAGGGAAAAAACUAAAUGGAAGAAUGGAAGAGAUGUCUGGUGGCAGGAUGUCAUUUCUAAAUAUCCAACAUCGUGUGAAGUGGAAUGGGUUGAUGCGGAAGAUCCCCUGUUUUUGCUCUACACCAGUGGAAGUACCGGGAAGCCAAAGGGUGUUCUACACACAACUGGAGGAUAUAUGGUCUACACUGCUACAACAUUCAAAUAUGCAUUUGACUACAAAUCAACAGAUGUAUACUGGUGUACAGCAGAUUGUGGUUGGAUCACUGGCCAUAGCUAUGUUACUUAUGGACCGAUGCUCAAUGGAGCCACUGUUGUUGUCUUUGAAGGGGCUCCAAACUACCCUGAUUCUGGACGCUGUUGGGAAAUUAUUGACAAAUACAAGAUUUCAAUAUUUUAUACGGCCCCAACAUUGGUGAGGUCUCUUAUGCGCGAUGAUGAUAAGUAUGUAACACGUCAUUCACGCAAAUCGCUACGAGUCCUUGGAAGUGUGGGGGAGCCUAUCAAUCCGAGUGCCUGGAGAUGGUUCUUCAAUUUAGUCGGUGAUUCAAAGUGCCCCAUUUCAGAUACAUGGUGGCAAACUGAAACUGGUGGCUUCAUGAUAACACCAUUGCCAGGUGCUUGGCCGCAGAAGCCUGGUUCAGCUACUUUCCCUUUCUUUGGUGUUCAGCCUGUCAUAGUUGAUGAAAAAGGCAAUGAAAUCAAAGGCGAGUGUAGUGGUUAUCUUUGUGUGAAAGGUUCAUGGCCAGGGGCGUUUCGAACUCUGUUUGGGGAUCAUGAAAGAUAUGAAACCACAUACUUUAAACCUUUUGAGGGAUAUUAUUUCAGUGGUGAUGGUUGCAGCAGAGAUAAGGAUGGUUACUACUGGCUUACAGGGAGGGUUGAUGAUGUCAUUAACGUCAGUGGCCAUCGAAUCGGAACUGCUGAAGUUGAGUCUGCUUUGGCUUCACAUCCCCAGUGCGCAGAAGCAGCUGUUGUAGGCGUAGAACAUGAGGUAAAAGGUCAGGGCAUAUAUGCGUUUGUCACGCUUGUGGAGGGUGUUCCUUACAGUGAAGAGCUUCGUAAAAGCCUUGUACUCAUGGUCCGAAAUCAGAUUGGGGCUUUUGCAGCACCGGACAGAAUACAUUGGGCACCGGGUUUGCCAAAGACGAGAAGCGGAAAGAUAAUGAGGAGAAUCCUGAGAAAGAUUGCUUCAAAGCAAUUAGAAGAGCGUGGAGAUAUUAGCACACUAGCUGAUCCUAGUGUGGUUGAUCAACUUAUUGCACUUGCAGAUGUGUGA